AUCCCCCGUCCCAUCACCUCUCACGCUCGCUACCUCCAUCCACACUCGUUCCAGUCUAUCUCAGCCUCCAGGCUUGAAUCUUGAUCACCUCGCUCGUUGACUUCAUCCUUCUCUCGACCGUAAACUUCCCUUUUUAUCAAAAUGCUCGCCCCGUUCAAGUUCGCGGUCUUGUUGACCAUCGGGUUCCUUGCGACCCUGACUCUGGCUUCCGAAACCUUCGGUGCCGUUGGAACAGUGCACGACGAUGAGUCCUUCAUUGCCAUUCCUCUUGCCAUGCAUGAGCACGAUCCCCGCGACGUGACCAUCAUCAAGACCAUCUGUGAGACUUCGACCUCGGUGAUCUCCACUACUGGUCCCGCGAACCCACCCGCGACGGGCACUCCUGCCAACCCCACUAGUCAGGCUUCGAGUCACUCGGAGACCCAGAGUGUUCCUCCCACUCAUCCCACUACUGUGCCUGGUACUGUGGUGCAGCCUCCUGUGACUUCGAAGCCCGAGGGAGUUUCUCCUACCUCGGUGCCUGGCACUACUGGACAGACUUCGGCGCAGCCCCCCGUGACUUCCCAGACCGAGGCAGCUCCCAGCCCAACCUCAAACACCAAGGAGACUGGAAGUCUGCCCAGCACCACCUCUCACUCGGCUUCCCCUGUCUCGUCUAGUGUGCAGGACGUCACCCACUCUGCUACCACUCUGACCACCACCCACGGUACCUCCUCGGCCGCCAGUGGAACUCACACCACCGCGCCGCCUUCGAGCGAGGCUGCCGGUAAUGGUGGCCUGCGUGCUGCUCUUCUGGCCUUCGCAGCAACUUUCGUUAUCUUCUUGAGUAUCUAA